GCUAUUGUCUUUGGGGAUGAGUGGUUUUGAGCUGGUUUUGUUUGUUUUUGGGCAGAGAGUGAAUGAAACUCCUGUGAUAAGUGGGGAUGAAAGAGAGGGAGUGGAGCUCAGUCUCUGACCUUGUUCUACUGUUGACUCUCUCAUGACUGGAUUGCUGCUAAGGAUUGCACUGUGUGGAUUCACCCAGAUAGAGAGGGGCCAAUGGGAUUAGAGGAUUGUAGUUCAGACAGGUGGCAGACGUCACACCUGCAUAAUCUUUCACUUGUGUUGAGGGAUCAAAGGUUUUCCUCCCUCACGACUGCCCUCAAGCUCUGACAUGUUUACGCAUCUGUAUCUAGGCUCCGCUGUCUCCGUAGCGAUAGUUAAAAAUGAGGAACAAAAGUGUUUUCAGUUCAGCCCCCAUGACAUCACGCUGUGACAUCACCAAACGUGAGUCCCGAGUCGCGAGUAUCUUUAAGAUCAGGAAAAACAAGUUGGGAGACAUUCUACUGCUUUGCAAUCCCUCCCUGUUUUCUACCUUCCCCCUUUUCUUUCACUCCCACAUAUGUUUCCACUGAAAGUACUCAGUCCUCUCCUGUGUGUCUUGUUGGUGUGUGUAUAGUGGGAGCCUGAGAACUUUUGAGGCCAUGGAAGAAUCUGUAUCUUUUUCAGUCCUUAACCAGAGGCUGAGACCACAGCUCACCGCUAUGGAGCGACUCUGCUACCCACUGGAGGACCAACCUCAUACAUCUGACUCGAUCAGAGGCAGUCCAACCACAAGACCUACGAUGCUGACACAUCUUGAGCCACAGGUCAAUGAAAGCCUAACGGUGACACAAGAAGAAGACAACCCUGAGCAAGAGGAAGAAGAACAAGAGGAAGUGGACUCAGAUGGAUCAACUCCUCGGGACGUCUGUGCUGAAUCAUUAACUGUGGCCGGUGACUGUUGGCCCUGUCCGAAAAUAGAGUGCCUGGAAUUGAAUGAUUCAACCACAGUCACUGACUGCCGUGUCCCCACACUGACCAUGGAGGGAGAUUGUCAUGUCGGUCUGCUCAGUGCUAUGGAGGGAGAGGGUCCAGACAGUUUGAUGACGGUCAGGCAGGGAGUGGGUUGUGAUCCAGGAGAGGCUGUCAGGGAAGGGGAGAGCUUGUCCCAGAUGAGCUACAUAGAGAGAGCCUUACCGGACCUGAUCAGCAGUGGCAGACCUCUUACCCGCCGGAGAACUCUAGGACCCGUCUCAGACACAUUGAAGGAGGUGCGUCGGGAGGUGGAGCUGUCUCGCAGACGCAGUCUGAGACUGAAGGCUCAGGUAGACAAACUACAGGAGAACAAAGAUGGACCUCGAUGGGGCCAACACAAAGAAAAGGUCACGGAGGAGGUUCUGUCUGUUUUGAGGUUGCUGCUUCCUCUAACAGAAACAGAGUACGUGCCAGUAGAACCCUUGGAUCAAGAGAACCGCCUUGACUCUGCACUGAUCAAGUUACAGAAUGUAGCACGCAAGUUAGCAAUCAACCACACCGCACAGGAUUGCAAACGUGGGUCACGGAAGGGCAAAGGUGUUGAAGACAGCUCUGUAUUCCAGCAGGCUUUAAGGGACAGAGAUGAAGCCAUGGAAAAGAAGAAGGCCAUGGAGGCGGAACUUCUGCGCAGUAAGACAGAGAUGAUGUCACUUAACAACCAUCUCUUGGAGGAAGUACAGAAAAGACUGGAGAUGUCCCUGGAACUAGAAGCCUGGAAGGAGGAUGUCCAGAUAAUCCUCCACCACCAUCUCCAGAGCCAACAACAGGCAGAGGAAUGCCAGAAGAAGCCCUCUCGUUCAGGGCUACUGAGAAGGACCAAUAAACAGCCCAUUCAGAGACCAGCCAGUAUCUCUGUCUCCAAACCACCUCCAACAACCCGCAUGGUUUUCUCCUCCACCCCUUUGGUCCCUUCAACCCCUGUCCAUACCCGCUCCCCAACCCCUGUCCCUCUGCCCACCCCCUCCCUAGCACCCACGACCAAAUGGAAAAAAAUCUGGAGUCGGGGGAAGAGUGAUCGUCCUGGCGACCAGAAUGACAGACAGGAGUCUCAGCAUUCCAAAGGCAGCAGCAGAGAGAAUGAAGGAUUCCAUAAUGUAGCGCUGGACUGAGAUAAUAUAUGACGUGCAUUUAUAAGAAACAGGGUUCCUGCAGAUUUCAGUAAGUCAAAUUUAAGACCCUUUUAAGACCAUAAAGACUGAAAUUUAAGACCUACACGAUGCAUUACCCCAAUAAUAUUGUUAUUUCAAUGAAUUAAGUCAUUGAAAAAGCAUUAAUUUAAUUUACAGAUAAAGCAAUCACAUUAACAACCUAAUUUUACUUCAUUCAGCACGAAGUACUAGGGGUGGGGGAAAAAUCGAUUCACAUAUGAAUCGCGAUUCAGUCUUCAAGCGAUUCAAGAGAGAGGGGGGGACCCUGUGUAGUGGGUUGAGAACAAGGGCCUACACCAAAACAACUUGGGUUCAAAUCCAGCACAGAGCGUAGUGCCAGAUCCCUGUAACCGCAGCGCUCUCCCCAACUGUCCAAAUCCCCUCUCCCAACUGUCUUUCCAGGUACCCAACUGUCCAACCAGGAAAGGCUUAAACAGGACUCUAAAAAGAAAUGUACCUUUUAUCAGUUUUAUCGUCGAGUUUUUUCCAAGAGCAUAAUUUGAGCUGUAAGAAGAUUUUUCAGCCAGAUUUGAACACAAGACCCCUCACAUAAUAGCCCACAUCCUCAACCACUGAGCUAUCAGGGAUCGUACCAAUCUCCACUCAACAUUUAAAUUUGACAUUGAACUAUCUAGUUGUAACAACCUGCAGAGUUGGGGUGUCAGAAAACCAGAAGCAAGCAGGGCUCCCCUGUUAGCUCACUGGGUUAGUGUGCAUGCUCUUUCAGACAUGCUGGGGCAGUAGCACAACAGCCUGGGUUAGUGUGCAUGCUCUUUCAGACAUGCUGGGGCAGUAGCACAACAGCCUGGGUUAGUGUGCAUGCUCUUUCAGACAUGCUGGGGCAGUAGCACAACAGCCUGGGUUAGUGUGCAUGCUCUUUCAGACAUGCUGGGGCAGUAGCACAACAGCCUGGGUUAGUGUGCAUGCUCUUUCAGACAUGCUGGGGCAGGAGCACAACAGCCUGGGUUCAAAUCCAAAUUAACUUAAAAGUUGCAUUAUGGUCAUGUGAGAUGUGGGACUUCACAUAGUUUCAUAAAUGUUGUAUGAAAAUCUGGCUGUUUUUAAGACGUUUUAAGGUCUUAAAUUUCAAGUUCAGAAUUGUAGACUUAAGACCCCGCAGGAACCCUGAAGGAAGUAAUGGAGUUACAAUGGAGAAAAAAAUACAAAAACACAGCAGUUAUGUAUUUUGUGUAUAGGCCUGUCGUUGUAGAUAUAGAGUAGGCUAUCUUCAGUGAAAACAUGAGUUUAUUUUAAGGCCAAGACAAGUUCAUUUUAAAAUGUUUAUUAUACAUCAGUUAUACAUUCUAUACAAUUUCCAUAUACUGUAUAUCUCAAUUAUUCACAUGUAUAAUAUAUGCUUUUCACACAACUAAAGAACAUUGUCAAGUUCAUGUUUGCCAUUUUCCAAACAAAAAGUUGUUA